AUGGCUGAGGUUGUGGUCAGUCUUGAUUCUAUACUAACAUUACAGGAGAAAACCAAUAAUUCCUUGCAGACUUCCGGAAAAACAUUAUAUGAAAGAAUGCUUGAUUUGUUGCCCUUUCCCUCCAACGAAGAGAACUCUGCCCAUGGUGAUGUAAAAUUAUCAAGUGAUAAAAAGGGAAAGAGUCCAAACGUUGGUGAUACAAUAAAAGCUGACAACAAAUAUUCCUCAAAUCCUUCUCCGAAUUUGAAAGCGUUUAAGUUUGCUGAUCUGCAAAGGGCAACUAAAAAUUUUAGUCAAGACUUUCUCUUGGGAGAUAAUGGAGUUAUGUUCUUAUGUUGGGUUGACAAGUUCACAUCCGUUCCUUCAACAAAGGGUGUUGGGAUUGCAGUUGCUGUUAAAAGGUGUCAAGGUCUUCAAGAAUAUGAAACAGUGGCAGGCGUAUUAGGAAGUUUGGCUCAUCCAAAUAUUAUUAGUCUUUUAGGACACUCUAAUGAUAAACCACACGAAUACUUGCUUGUUUACGAGUACAUGGAAAAGAGAAAUCUUGAUCACUUCUUAUUUGAAGAUGCACCACUUUCCUGGGGACGACGACUUAUAUUAUUGAUAGGAGUAGCACGUGCACUUGCGUAUAUACAUUCGUCAAGCUAUCAAGUGAUACACCGUAAUGUUAAACCCUCUAAUAUAUUCCUCGAUCAGGAUUUUAAUGCAAAACUGGGGGAUUUUGGGUUUGCAAAAUUUGGGUCUGAAAUUCACAAAUUAGAUGCUACUACACGUGUUAUGGGUACCAUUGGUUAUGUUGACCCAUCGUAUGUAAAGACAGGUCAUCUGACUAUGAAGAGCGAUGUCUAUAGCUUCGGAGUGGUAUUGCUGGUAACCCUAACAGGUGAUGGGGCAUGGGGGUCGCCUAAUUAUCAAUUAAAUUUGGCAGAACUGGCAGGUCCAUUCCUAACAAGUAGAAGCAAGCUAGAUAAAAUAAUGGAUCCACGUCUACAGAAAGAUUACCAGCUAAAAGAGUCAUUAAGGAUUCUUAUGUUGGCUAGAAUUUGUCAAAUUGCAGAAAGCUUGAAGGUCUCAAAUAGCACUACAAGAAAAAGAGAUGUGGUUGAUUCAAUGGAUUCUUUUCAUCCGGGAAAAAUCGGUAGCUGA